AACAGGGAAUUGAAUGGUGAAAAGGAAAGUCAGUCAGUGCCGAGUCCCGCCCUCUGAGAUUGGCGGGUAACCUAGCAACGCAGGUACGGCGGAGGUAACUGUGGGUAGAGAAACAAGGCGCUCUGCGAGCAGGUCUCUCCUUGACAGGGUUCAUUGAAACUGGACCAGCAAAGAAUCAUUGCAUUCUGUCCACCUUAGAAGUCAAGCUGAAGAUGGAGAGACUGGACAGAGCGGUGGUUGCGGGGUUCCUAGGGGAUAAUAAAAGCAGGAGACCCAUCUAGUCUCCCAAAGUCUCAACCUCCCAGGGCGUACAAAGACAAGCAAGGCUGCUUAUCAAAUGGCUUUAGACGUCCUCACCGUGGAACCCCUCCACCAAGGCCCUGACAUCAACAGAAUAAGGCUGAUGACAGAGCCAUCCAAGAAGCCAGCCUCGCCGCCAAACCUCUUGGUCCCAUCUAGUACCAAACUUACCACCAUCGAGGCCAAGAGGAUCAUGUCCGUGCUGGACGAGACCAUCCACAAGGUGCAGUUGGUGACGCUGCUGUCACAUGUGGCCUCCGGCGACAAGGAUCUGGAGAGGAUGUUGGGAGAGGGCAUCAUGAAGGCCGUGAGAGAGCAUGAGGAGCUGUGCCAGCUCCUCCUGGACAAUGUGAGUUACCUGCAGCGUAAAGAGAGGCAGGUGCAGGAGGAGGAGGAGCUGGAGGAGGAGCGGGUGCUCUGGGAGCGCCGCCUCUCCAUAGAGCUGCAGAAGUCUGCCCUCCUCCCGCUGAAGAGGCAGGUCAGAGAGUCCACCAAGAACACCCUGAGACUCCUGCUCAGUAACCCCCAGGCGGCCAGCCUCCUGCAGACGCAGAUGCUGGGCCGAAGAGCAGGCGCCCAGAGGCUCGUCGACAGCCUGAUGGAGCUGCGGGGCUUCCUGUUUGAGAAGCUCCUCACCAGCCCCAUGGAAGCCAGAGACAAGGCCCAGUUCAUACAGGACAUCAGGAAACAGAACAGGAGGAACCAGGAAACCAUCAAUGACCUUGAAAGGGAAUUGGCGGCCAGCAUGAAGAACAGGGACGCAGAGGUGGAGAAGGAGAACUUUGUGAUCCAAGAACUGAAAAACCACCUGCAGCAGGUGCUCAGGUUCUCGGACAGCAGCCUGCUGCGCACCAAGCAGGAGGCGGAGAAGCAGCAGAAGGCGGACUUCCGGGCCUCGCAGGCCAGGGUGGCCAAGAUCCAGCAGGAGCUGCUGCUGCUGCGCUCGCAGUUCCACAGCCUGGUCAUGGAGAACCGGGAGGCGGAGCAGGCGCUGAGGAAGAAGAAAUAUAAAGUGGAGACGGAAAUCGAGAACUGGAUCCAGAAAUAUGACAUGGAUAUGGGCGAGAAGCAGGACGAGUAUGAGGAACUAGACUCCGUCUACAAGGAGGAGAAGGCCCAGCUGGAGGAGCUGAAGCAGAAGCACGACGUGCUGAUGGAAGAGUUCAACCAGAUCCGGGCAGAGCAGGAGAUCAACUCCAGGAAGCGGAUGGAGGCCGAGCAGGAGCUGGUGCGCAUGGUGCGGGCGGCCACCGUCAUCCAGGCCGUGUGGAAGGGCUACCUGGUCCGCUCCCUGCUCAGGUCCAAGAGGAGGAAGCGGAGCAAGAGCAAAGCCAAGGACAAGAAGGAGAAGGGCAAGAAGAAGGACAAGGACAAGGACAAGGAGAAGGGCAAGGAGAAGGGCAAGGGCAAGGGCAAGAAAUGAGCGCCAGACCGGCCCCCCGCCGCGGGCACUCACCACACCCCUCGCCUCCCAGAGAGCCGCCCAGGAAGCCACCAGAAUGGGGAGCCCUGUGAUUCGUGGCUUUAACGCUUUUUCAAAACCAAAAACCAUUGUAAACCACAUGCUACGAAUAAACCUCACUGUACGCAGGG